AUGAUAAUAAGAUCCUACUGUCGUCACGCAGUCGUCUCGUCGGUCGCCCUCCUCCUCCUACUCGCCUCCUCUCCGCAGCCUACGCAAGCAAAGAAAGAUGGCCCAACCAUCUCCGCCACCACAUUCGAUAACCCUCUAGAGAACGUCUUUUAUUUCGACGACACGAAUGUCGUCAUUGGUUACGAUGGAGAGACCGGUAUCGUCUGGCGCAGUGCUGACGCAGGCGAGACCUGGAAGGAGAUCGAUGACCAAGGACAGUCAGGAAAUGCCUUGGACGUAUACCGGCAUCCCUACGACAACCAGCGCGCAUAUAUCAUCGGCCUCGACUCCGAUCACUGGGUGACAACAGAUACCGGCGAGACAUGGAGGAAAUUUUCCUCCGAUGGCGAUGGUCUUGCAAGAUUCCGCAACGCCCCAUUGAGCUUCCAUGGCCGGGACCCUAAACGAGUGAUAUGGAACGCUGAGCACUGCGUCGGCUUAGCCUGCAUCGAGCGCGCGUUUUAUACCGAUGAUGACUUUCAGACGACCAACAGAUUGGGCGAUAUGACGCGAGGUUGUCAAUGGGCUGUCAGCACCCCGGACUUUGCAGAGGAGAUUGCUCCUGAAGUAAGAGAUCGGAUAUUCUGUAUCGUGGAAGGACUCUACUCCCCGUGGCCGAAGGACAACAGACUGCUCGUGUCCGAUGACUUUUUCCAACAAGAUCAGCUCGAGCCUGCGCUCGAUGACGGCCGCGCUGUGUCUGGGAUUAUCAGCAUGGCCGCGGUCAAAGGAUUCUUGGUUGCAGCUGCAAAAUCGGAGGGCACAGAUGAGUUGGCUCUAUACGUGACAAAAGACGCAUCACAGUGGCACCGAGCGGAAUUUGGACAACACAGGAUAGAUGAAGAUGCUUAUACUAUCCUGGAGAGCACCAACUACAGCUUACAGGUCGACGUGCUCGGAUCCCGUCCUACCAAUCCCAUGGGCUAUCUCUUCACCUCGAACUCCAACGGCACUUAUUUUACUCGAAAUAUCGAUCACACCAAUCGCAACAUCUUUGGCAAUGUCGACUUUGAGAAAGUCCAGUCGAUUCAAGGGAUCGUCUUGGUGAAUGUUGUAGACAACUGGAAGGAUGUUGAGGGCUCAACCAUUCCUAGAAAAGAGAUCGUAUCUCAGAUUAGUUUUGACGACGGAAGAACCUUCCAGGAUCUCAAAGUUGGCGACAAGAGGCUGCAUCUUCAUUCAGUGACCGAUGCAAGGCAAACAGGGAGGAUCUUCUCCAGCCCGGCCCCAGGCAUUGUCAUGGGAAUUGGCAACACCGGAAAAUUCUUGAAGGACUACGAAGACGGCGAUCUUUACGUCUCGGAUGAUGCUGGUGUCACUUGGUACGAGGGCUUGGACGGUGCUUACUUGUACGAGUUUGGAAAUCAGGGGGCAGUUGUUGUCGCUGUCGAUGAUGAGGAUUCCACCAGCCACAUAAGAUACUCGAUCGACCAUGGGAAGACCUGGAAGAAGGCAGACCUUCCGGAGAAAGUGCGAGCGAGGUUUCUCACUACCGUUCCAGACUCCACCACCCUCAAAUUCCUCAUGAUGGGCGCCAAAGGGUCAGGUUCCAAGACCGAGUGGGUCAUGUUCAAAAUCGACUUCGAGGGUCUGCAUGAACGAGCAUGUGGUAAGGAUGACUUUGAGCGUUGGCCCGCGCGCGUCGACAAAGACGGUAAAGCGAGUUGUCUCAUGGGCCACAAGCAAUUCUUCAGGAGACGUAAGGCAGAUGCUGAAUGCUUCAUCGACGAGGAAUUCAAAGAUCCGGUGCCCGAGUUUGAACCGUGCGUCUGCACAAUGGCUGACUUUGAGUGUGACUACAACUUUAUCAGAGAUCCUAACGACCGCACCAAGUGCAAUCCAGCACAGCCGCUUGCGGUUCCUGAGGGCGCAUGUAAGAGCGAGAAAGACACAUUUAAAGGUCCCUCUGGAUGGCGAAUGAUUCCAGGCAACGAGUGCCAGCGGAAGGGCGGCGAAGAGCUCGACAAGGAGAUCGAAAGGCCAUGCUCAGACUCUGUGAAGACACCUUCUUCGGGCGAAAUCACCGUCGAGAAGACCAACUUCAACGCCGAUCGAUUUUCCGAAUGGUAUUAUCUCGAAAGAAGCGACACUUCUAGCGGCAGUGAUGAGACCAUUGUCAUGCGCACGAGCGAGCAAGAUAUCUUCUUGACACGGGAUCACGGCAAAACUUGGGAACCAAUCCUUAAGAAUGAACCGAUCACCGCCAUUGCGCCGAACCCCCACCAUCACGACGCAGUUUUCUUCCUGACAGGCUCAAAGACUGUCCAUUACACCAUCGACCGAGGAACUAGGUUUGAUAAAUUCACUGCUCCAGAACGACCAAGUAACCUACGGCUACCAACUUUACGGUUCCAUCCCGAAUACAAGGACUGGCUACUGUGGUCGGGCACCGUUGGAAACGACGACCAUACAAACAUCUGGUUGUCAAGAGAUCGUGGCGACCACUGGGACACGUUGGUUCGCUAUGCCAGAAAAUGCGAAUUCAUCACACGAGAAGGUCAAGGUCGUGGCGAUCAAUUGAUCUACUGUGAACAGUAUCAAGAUGAGAACCCGGACAAAAAUCUCAUGCUUUUGUCAAGCGACAACUUCUUUGCCGAAUCGAAGGUGCAUUUCCCUGAUAUUUUGGACUUUGCGACCAUGUCGGAGUUCAUCAUCGUCGCAGCAAAAACGGACGACAGGCAGAGCUUGAAGGUGGAUGCAAGUGUCGACGGACGAACCUUUGCACCUGCAGAAUUUCCUCGGAACUUUCAAGUACAACAUCAACAAGCCUACACGGUUUUGGAUAGCUCUACUCACGCUGUAUUCCUUCAUGUGACCGUCAAUGCUGCUCAAGACCAUGAGUACGGUACAAUCAUCAAGUCGAACAGCAACGGUACAUCCUACGUCUUCACCCUGGGUGGUGUGAAUCGGGACACUGACGGCUAUGUCGAUUUUGAGAAAAUGCAAGGUCUCGAAGGAGUGGCUAUGGUCAACGUUGUGUCCAACGUAGAUGAGACGAAUGCCGGAGAGAGGAAGAAGCUCAAGUCGAUGAUUACCCACAACGAUGGUGCCCAAUGGGCCUAUCUCCCUCCACCGAAAGAGGAUGCGGUUGGAAACAACUACCCUUGCGUGGAAGAGGCUAACAAAGCGACUGGAAAAUGCUCCUUGCACAUUCACAGUUAUACCGAACGCGCCGACAAGUCAGCCACAUUCUCUAGCCCUAGUGCAGUUGGAUUAAUGAUGGCUGUGGGCAACGUUGGCGAAUACCUCGUCCGGAAAGACGACGAAGCCACAGACACCUUCAUCACUCGAGAUGCCGGUAUCACUUGGCAGUCCGUCAAGAAGGGUAGCUAUAUGUGGGAGUAUGGCGACCAAGGCAGCAUUAUCGUGAUUGUUAAGGAAUCCCAGCCUACCAAAUCUCUCUUUUACACCCUCGACGAGGGCAAGACGUGGCGAGAGUUUGUGUUCUCUCCUGAUGUGGAAAUGCAGAUCGAUGCCAUCACUACAGUACCGUCAGACAACUCUCGCAACUUCCUCCUUUGGGGUCGUGAAUUGGGAACCAACGCCAAACGUGGCAUUUUUACCGUCCACCUAGACUUUUCCGGCCUCGACGAACGUCAAGUCAAAUGCGAACUCGACGAGAAGAACCCCGAAAAGGGCGACUACGCGCUCUGGGAACCGAAGCAUCCAAUGCAAGAUUCUAACUGCUUGUUCGGCCAUGUAGCUCAAUAUCACCGCAAACGAGUCGACGCCAAAUGCUACAAUGGCAAGAUCAUCAGUCACCUGCACAACAUUGAAAGGAAUUGUUCCUGCACGCGUCAGGACUUUGAGUGUGAUUACAACUACCAGGCACAAGCAGACGGAACAUGCCAAUUGGUUCCAGGGCUGCAGCCGGCCGAUCACGAGCAAAAAUGUCGAGACAAUCCGGGAGAAGUCGAGUUCUGGUAUCCGACUGGAUAUAGGAGGAUACCGCUCACGACCUGCCAAGGGGGAAGAGAGUUGGACAAGCUGGAAUCGAGACCUUGCCCUGGCCAUGAAGAGGAAUAUAAAAAGAAGCAUGGCAUUUCGGGCGUCGGACUGUUCUUUGCGAUUGUGGUCCCAAUUGCCGCCGCCCUGGGCAUUGGCUAUUGGGUAUAUACGAAGUGGCAGAGCGGGUUCGGCUCAUUUGGACAAAUUCGGCUGGGAGAAAGCAUGGGCGCCACUGGUGCUUCCUCUGGGGCAAGCGGUGAUCCGUUGUGGAUCAAGGUUCCUGUGGUAGUGGUGAGUGGCAUCGUCGCAGUGGCCAAAGCGACGCCGUUACUCGUGAUGAGUUUGUGGAGAAGUGCAAGAGGAUACAUGCCUCUUGGGGGCGGAGGCGGUGGCUCAGGGGGGAGGUUCGGAGUGGGAAGAGGGGCGGAUGCUGGUUAUGGUGCCCCUUAUCGCUCGAGAGAUGCCUUUGCAAGAAGAGGACAGGACUACUCUCAAGUUGUAGAGGACGAUGAGUUGUUGGGGGAUGGGUUGGAUGACGAGGAAGAAGUUUGA